CGGGCACGGUGCGCUGUAAAUGGUAACUGGAAUUGCCACCAUGUCUGAACUUAUUGAAAUACAACCUGGGAAGAUGUUCGGUGUUCGCUUUUCAAACGCAGUUACGUCUGUUUUCUUGGACACUAAUGAGCAGAUAAUGGAGACAGUUCAAGUGAACAAAGAAUCUGAAUUAUCCAACCCUGUAAAACACCGUGUUCUCUUCAUGGAUUCUGCUCACCAAAAGCACACGGAGAUCCCUAUUUCCAUUCUAGGUCUUGAAGACCUUGAAGAACUGCACUUAGAGAAAAACCAUAUUGAAGUCAUCCCAAAGGAGAUCUGCCAGUUUCACAAUAUCAAAGUCCUCUACCUGAAUAACAACAAUAUUGUUCACAUUUCUGAGGAACUAGGGGAGCUAAAGAAUCUGCAGAGUUUAGACCUUAGCAUGAACCCACUCAAUUGCAACUCAUUAGAUGUCAUAAGCAAGGUCCAUCAACUUCGAGAGCUGAGACUUUACGACAUAAACCUUGAAGACUUCCCAGUUGAGCUGUGCAAGCGCCUUCUUCAUUUACAACUUCUUGGCUUGUCCAACAACAAACUAAAGUCUCUCCCACCAGAAGUUAGUAAUUUAAUACAUCUCAAAGAAAUAUACCUGCAGAAUAACGCCCUUAAGUUAUUUCCCAAACAGAUAUGUGCUCUGAAAGCUCUAGAGGUUGUCGAUCUUGAAAAAAAUAAGCUGACGUCUCUACCUGUAGAAAUUGGAUCAUUACCUAAUCUUGUUAAACUUUUCAUUAGUUUCAAUAAGCUUUCCACCAUCCCAAAGACACUUUGUCAGUGCAAGAAGUUGGCUGUUCUUGACCUCUCUGGAAAUUGCCUGCACAAGCUUCCUCAUGGCAUCAGUGAGUUGAAAGAGCUAAAAGAACUUGGACUGUCAAAUAAUGAAUUAAAAAAGCUGCCAACUAGGAUAUGCCAUUUGCAUUCCCUUUGUGUGCUCUAUCUGAAAAACACUGGCUUGUCUUUGUUACCCGUUGCAUUUGCAAAACUAGAAUCUCUAAAGAUACUAGAUCUCAGCCAAAAUUGUUUCACCAGUUUCCCCCCUGAAAUUUGUGGUCUUGCGCAGCUUCAAGUCUUAUCGAUGGAUGACAAUUUAAUGAGCAUGAUUACUCCAGAAGUGAGAUCCUUAAAAAUGCUGUCAUAUCUUGGGAUCACUGGGAACAGAUUCACUGCGUUCCCUGAAGAAAUCUUGCAGCUUGAGUCGUUGGAAAAACUUUAUAUCGGACAAGAUCUUGGUGUACGACUUUCAAGUUUACCGGACAACAUUUUUAUGCUGAAGAAUCUGAAAGAAUUGUACAUUGAAAACAAUAACCUGGAAUUUCUUCCAUCCACAUUGAACUUGCUGCUUAAUCUUGAAGUCUUGGAUUGCCACAAUAAUAACCUGAAGCAGCUACCAGAUGCCAUAUGUCACCUUCAUGGUUUGCAAAAACUGCUUCUUCAAAAUAACCAGCUGACCAGUCUACCAGAUAACCUGGACAUGUUAGACAAGUUGGACCUGCUCUUACUAGAUGACAAUCCAAUGGUGGAUCCACCUGCAGCAGUGUGCGGCCUCGGGAGAAGUGCUGUAUGGGAAUACUUACGAGAGAAAAGGCGAAAACAUGCGCUGACAACAAAGAUCCAAGCUUUAUGGCGUGGAGUAAUGGUACGGAAAGGACUCGGACCCUAUGCUUACCUUCUUCAGCUUGGGAAAAACGGAAAGAAAUCCAAAAAGGACAAAAAAGGGAAGAGCAAAGGCAAGAAGGGCAAUUCAAAAGGAAAGAAAAAGUAGAAAGGUUUCCUAAAAAUCGCCGUGCUUGUAAAAGGGAUAAACUAUAUACUAUCAAUACGGAAAUACAUUCCAGGAAGACAUAUCUACACAGUGUGAAAGGGGAUAGUAGAGAUUUCAUAUCUUCCUUCAGUAAUUCUUGACUUCUCAGACUAAUCAAAGUAACUACUGUAUUAUUAUUAGUAAUGACAUUCUGCUGUACUUUCAUAAUGACAGUGUGCGGGAGAUGUACCAAACUGGUGUAAAGCUGUCCACAGCAACCAAUCAGA